AUGGGUUCCACCAAAUUCACAAAUCCUUAUGCUAUUGAAGUAAUACGAAGUAGGAAAAAAGAGCUAGUUGGUGGCAUUUCCAACACUGACGACCUGCUGGACCUUUUGGUUUCUAAUGGAGUCUUUCAACCUGAGAGCCGAAUUAUUGUCUCUGGAAUCACAGUAAAAGAAGAGAAAAACUCAAGAAUGCUUAACAUCCUGGAAUCCCAAGGUGAGCGGGCGUGCCGAAUAUUCUUCUACCCUUGUUUAAAAAGUGCUGAACCUGUCCUGUACCAGAACAUGAAAACCUACGUUGAGAAACUGAAUGAAAACCUUAAGGAUACACGAAGGCAGCUGAUUGGGUAUUUGCUUGAAAAAGAUAAAGGACCAGUUAAAAUAAUACAGGACACAAUGAAGAACGAUAACAGUGUAAAACAGAAAUCAAAGAAGACAGAAAUGACUUAUUCUGUAGAUGAAGAGAAAGAGCUGAAGACCUCUGUAAAGCCUGAAGAUGCAUCAAAUGUGAUUCUCAAAGCUGUUACUACAGGUGAUGUAUUCAGUUUACAGGAGGUCAUAAAUAGAACAAAUGUCAAUAGCAAACAUGGGUCAUCUGACACUCUUCUACACCUUGCUGCAGAACAUGGACAAUUAGCAGUUAUAAACUUUUUGUUAAGUCAAGGAGCCAAACUGGAUGUGAGAAAUGAUCGAGGUCAGACUGCCCUUCAUAGAGCAUCAGAAAUGGGUCAAACAGCUGCCUCGGUGGCUCUUAUAAGAGCCGGAGCUGACAUCCAUGCCAUGGACAAAGCUUCCAAAACACCACAACAUUUAGCAGCACAAAAGGGGCAUGAGGGCACUGUCCGAGCACUAGUGGUGGAGGAAGCAAAAGGCUUUAGAAACCAGACCACAUUCCUGCACAUGGCUGCGAUGGAAGAUGAUGCAGCACUAGCAGAAAUUUUACUGCGCAAUGGUGCUUCAGUGGAUGCCCGAGAUCCUCAGAGAAAGACAGCAUUGUUCCAUGCCAUUAGCCGAGGAAAUGAAAAAACAGCUGCUGUGCUUCUUAAGGCGGGUGCCCAGGUUGAUUCUGAAAUCAUAGAGGUUGUGUAUAAGCUAAACAGGAAGUCAAUGCUGUCACUGAUUCUGAGGAACAUCAAGACGGCAAUAUCUCAAAAUGAAGUCAAAUCUGCUCUUUUUAGAGCGGUACAGAGGAACUUGGAUGGGAUUGUGGCUGCUCUUAUUGACAAUGGAGUGGAUGUUAAUAUGCGCAAUGACCUAGGUUAUACACCACUGCUUCUAGCAGCAGAAAUGAGCAGUGUGGAGGUGUUUAAAGUUUUGGUUUCCAGGAAAGCCCAGCUGAAUAAGAGGCUACCAAAUCAGACUUCUGCUCUUCACCUUGCAAUCCGGAGUGGCAAUAUGCCAAUAACAGAGAUAUUACUGGAAAAAGGCAUGGACCCCAACACAACUGACGCCAAAGAGAAAACGCCUCUUCAUCUUAGUGCACUACACAAUCAGCCUGCUCUAAUCGCUUUGUUGCUUCACAAGGGGGCACAGAUCAAUGCAGUGACCCAUGAUGGGCUCACUCCUCUUCAUUUUGCUAGCCAAAGUGGACACACAGAAGCAGUAGCCCAACUAUUGGAAGGCAAAGCAGACCUCAAUGCCCGUGACAGACAAAGCAGAUUGGCACUACACUGGGCUGCUGCUCAGGGAAAAAGUGAAGUUAUGAAGCUUCUCCUCUUUGCUGGAUCUGAUAUAAAUGCUACUGAGAAGGAAAGAAAGACCUCAUUACAUCUAGCAGCCAUGACAGGACACACUGAAGCUGUCUUAGCCCUCCUGGCAGCAAAGGCAAAAGUUGGGGCCAGAGAUAUGGAUGGCUGCUCAGCUCUACAUUAUGCUGCUGGAAAUGGACACAAACGAGUUGCAGCAGUUCUUCUAAACGCUGCAAGGAAUAAAAACGUGGAUGAGAGAAAUGUCUGGAGGAGAACGCCUCUACAUUUGGCAGCAGAACAUGGACAAGAGCAGCUGGUAAAUCUGCUGCUGGAAAGAAGAGCCAAGAUUAAUGCUAUUGACAAUAACAAAGACACGCCGUUACACUGCGCCUGUCGCACAGGGCAUCUGGGGACAGUGCAAAGACUGGUAAACUGGACUCAAGGGGAGAGGGCAAACCUUCAGGCUACUAAUAGUGUGAAUAAAAUACCCCUGCAGGUGGCAGAGGCUGAGGGCACUCCAAACCAUCAGAGCAUUGCUUUACUGCUAAAACGGAAGAUGUUUCUUAUUAAAUAA